AUGGCACUUCCCAUGGCACCGCCGGCCAAGAGCCCUUUAGGUCGCUACAGACUGUUGUCGCCCACGGCCGGUGUCCGCGUGAGCCCUUUGUGUCUUGGUGCCAUGAACUUCGGCAACGGCUGGAAGGCACACAUGGGCGCUUGUGACCAGCAGCAGACUGAGGAGAUUCUCGAUUAUUUCUACAGCCAGGGUGGAAAUUUUAUCGACACAGCCAACAACUACCAGUUCGAAGAAUCAGAGACAUGGAUUGGCGAGUGGAUGAAGAAGCGAGGUGUCCGCGACCAAAUGGUCAUUGCCACCAAAUACACGACGAACUACCGCUCAGGCCCUGCAGGUGAAGGGUCAAUUAUGGCCAACUACACCGGUAACAGUACCAAAAGUCUCCGUUCGUCGAUUGAUGCAAGCUUGAAGAAGCUGCAGACCGAAUACAUUGAUCUCCUUUAUGUCCACUGGUGGGACUACUCGACAUCCAUCCCUGAGCUUAUGCAGAGCUUGAAUCAGCUUGUGGCGGCAGGAAAAGUGCUGUACUUGGGUAUCAGUGACGCCCCUGCGUGGGUUGUGAGCAAGGCCAAUGAAUACGCAAGGAACCAUGGCCUCCGCCAGUUCUCCGUGUACCAAGGCAAAUGGUCUGCUGCCUCGAGGGACUUUGAGCGAGAUAUCAUUCCCAUGGCCAAAGACGAGGGGAUGGCACUCGCGCCUUGGGGCGCCCUUGGAUCAGGCAACUUCAAGACAGAGGAGCAAAGGAAGAACACUGACGGUCGCCGUUCCAGACCCGCCACAGAAGCUGAUAUAAAGAUCAGUCAGGUGCUCGAGACCAUUGCUAAGCGCAAGGGUAGCAUUAUAACCUCUGUGGCGCUUGCAUAUGUCAUGCACAAGUCCCCUUAUGUCUUCCCCAUUGUCGGCGGCCGCACUGUCGACCAUCUCAAACAAAACAUCGAGGCUUUGGCGCUGGAGCUGAAUAGCGAGGAGAUUGCCGAGAUCGAGGGCGCCGUGCCUUUCGACCUAGGAUUUCCUCACGUCAUGCUCUGGGGCGAAAAGGCGCCAGAGAAUCGCCAGCAAGUCUGGUUGGUCAACAUGGGAGGCCAAUUCGACUACGUUCCAGAGCCCAAGCCGAUCCCGGCCUCCAAGGGCGGAGUCUAG